AAGCUUUUUGAUUUCAGUCAGUAUCCAUAGUUGUUAACUUGGUGUACAAAACCAUUGCCUUUUGAUUUCCUACUCUGCUACUCAAUUCAAAAUUUGUCUUAUAGAACUAAAAUCCAAUACAUCCUUUUCAAUCUGGUCCUUCAAUGUCAUUCUUUUUCAGGUUUUAUUACCAAUCAUACUUUCCAAAUCCUUGUUGCAUUUAAUUCUCCUUAAAAAUAUCUUCUGCUUUCAACAAUGGUGAUUGCUACUAUUUCUCAUCUUCCCCUCAAGUUUCUACCACAUACUACCUAUUAUUCACCUCUUUUUUCACCUAAAUCAAGGUUCAAAUUCCUCUGCUGUGUAUCCGUAGAAUCCCCACUUCUUCAAACAUCUCAAAAUGACACAAAGAAAAAGCCAUUAAAGGUUGUUUUUGCGGCUGGUGGAGCUGGUGGGCAGAUUUUCCCAGCAGUAGCAAUUGCAGAUGAGAUGAAAAUCAAAAACCCAGAUGCCAAAAUCCUGUUUAUUGGUGUUGAUUCUGGGAUGGAAAGCACUGUUGUACCCGCUUCUGGGUAUGACUUUUCUGCGAUACCCGCAACCCCAUUGGUUCGACCCAUUUUGUCUGUGCAAAAUCUGGGCAUCCCUUUAAAAUGGGUCAAUUCAAUGCGUGAAAGUUGGAAGAUAAUGAAGGAGUUUGAACCCCAAAUUGUGGUUGGAACUGGGGGUUAUGUAUCUUUCCCUAUUUGUUUAAUUGCUGCUUUUAAAGGAUUAAAAAUGGUGAUUCAAGAACAAAGUUCAGUUCCUGGGUUAGCUAAUUGGUUUCUUUCUCUUGUUGCUGAUUUAGUUUUUGUUGCUUAUAAUUCAUCGGUUGAUCGUUUUCCUACUGAUAAGAAGAAGAUUGUCGUGAGUGGGAAUCCGAUCAGGUUAUCAUUAAGGAAGUUUGUAUCAAAAUCAGGGGCGAGGGCGUAUUUUUUCCCCAAAGUGGCCGAGGUUAAUGAAUCUGAGGUUGUGGUAUUGCUUGUUCUUGGGGGCUCAUUUGGGGCUAAUUCAAUGAACAUUACUCUUUUCAAUAUUUAUUAUCAGAUGUUGGAGGAACGCUCGAAUUUGCAUAUCAUCUGGGAGACUGGUGUUGAAUCGUUUAACGAAAUGGAAAGCCUUGUUCGAAACCAUCCUCGACUCGUUUUGGCACCGUUCUUGCGUUCUAUGGAUAUGGCAUAUGCAGCUGCAGAUCUCGUUGUUUCUAGGGCUGGAGCGAUGACAUGUUCCGAACUACUAGUUACAGGGAAACCUGCCAUCCUGAUUCCAUCUCCUAUAGAUGCGGAAGGACAUCAAUUCCAAAAUGCAUCUUUAAUGGCAGAUUUAGCCGGUUCAAGAAUCAUUACAGAAGAUGAACUUGACUCAUCAACGUUAAGAAUCGCAAUCAGGGACAUUUUUGAUAAUGAACUACUCAUGAAGGCAAUGGCAGAGAGGGCUUUGCAAGCAGCGAAGCCAAACGCUGGUGCGGAGAUUACUGAGCGCGUAAUUGCUCUGGUCGAAUCAUCUCCUGUGAAAGCGUAAUAGCAUGACAACUGAAUUGACCAAGGGGCCAGGUGCUAACUCUAAGCAUUCAAGUCCGGCUUGUAAAUCUGUGUUGCUGUUGAUAGGUUGUUUGGCCAUGGAGCAAUGCAUGGCGGCAGCCGCCAUGGCUCAUCGACAUUUCUUGUACCGGGAGCUGUUCGAUUACGGAGGAAAAAGGGUUGUACAUGUCAUAUACUGUAGAUGUUAAUCUCUAUACUCCUAGUCUCUUUAUGUCCUGUCCUGUGUAUGUUUGUCCAUCCAAAUAAAUGCCUACCCAUUUUUAUAUGUACUUUUGCCUUAAUUUUAAGCAAAUUUUUUUGUAGGAAA